AUGGCUGGGGAGAAACGCAGUAUGCCGAAUAACGCCGGUCAGUCGGCCAAGCGCCAGAAGGGCGGGAAACCAGCAUGGCAGAAAUCCAGCCGCAAAAUCAACAUCGACACUGGUGAUGUGGGUGUGAUUGUGACCUGCGACAUGGGCAGGGAGGGAAAGUGCGUCGCCGAAACACUCGACAUCUUCUCCCAGGCUCUUGAAACCUCGGCGGCAAAAGAGGUGGACGAAGAUGAGCCCGAGGAUGAGGAUGACGGCGAUAUCGAGGCCCAGAUCCAGAAGGAGCUUGCAGGCUUGAAACCCAACAAGGAUAAAAAGCGCCCCUUCGAAGCUAUUCGCUUAGAAAUGCCCUGUGCCCAUGGUGCCCCUGCUAACCCCGAACAAGUGAUAUUCGUACGACUCGAGAAGUCGAUUGAUCCGGUGGAGCUGGUGCACCGCCUGUGUGCUGAAGCACAGGCCAAUCCGGAGACGAAGCGGAGCCGAUAUAUUAAGCGCAUGACCCCGGUCACUGAGGUCCGGAAGACUCUUAGCGUGGAUCUCGAAGCCUUCGCUCGCGAGAUUCUCAAGCCGCACUUCCAUUCUGGGGGUCCACCGAAGAAGUACGCGAUUCGGCCUUCGGUACGAGGAAACAACAAAUUCAAUCGAGACUCUAUCAUCAAGACUGUUGCCGACAUUGUGGGGCCUGAGCACCCCGUGAAUCUGAAAAACUACGACCAGAUUAUUCUGGUGGAUGUCAGCCAGAAUAUCAUUGGGAUGAGCGUCGUGGGAAGUGAUUACGAUCAGCUGAAACGGUUUAAUCUGGCCGAGAUCUACGAUCCGGCCCCGAAGCCAGCCCCGAAGGAAGACCCGACGGGUCCGGGUCCGGAGGAUAGGGUCGCAGAGACGUCUUAG